CGCACGCGCACCACGUGUGAAUCACGUGAUCCGACAGCUGCAGCGUGACCACGCCCCCAUUCGCUGGGAAAGAGGGGAAAACGAAGGGGUAGUAGCGUCCAGCCUCUUUCUGGCUCUGUUGCAGUGUUUACAGCGCAGUUAGUGUCGCUCUCCGACUGCGCGUGUUGCUGAAUUUGCUGCGAAUUUCUCCCCGCUGUUACCGCACGGGGAUCCUCCGCGCUGUGAAGACUUGCAAGUGCGCUGUACCGAUGUCGGUGAGCGAGGGGAGGCCCAGGUAGCAGAGCCCGGGGGUAGAGAUCGCUGGUGUGAGGGGAGCAAGCUACUGUUUCAGCCAGGCUACCUCAAGGUGCUCAAGAGUCUGGCGUUGUCGGGGCAACUCCAGCGGUACAACCUCAGAUCUGUUGUAUGGAGGUUAUUCCUCAAUGUGCUGCCCGAAGAUCAAUUAUUAUGGGAGACUGUGACAACUUCCUCCAGAGAAAAAUAUGACGACGUCAAGAGAAAGCAUGUGAUGGAUCCACAUCAAGUGACGGCAAGUCUGGAUGUUGCUCUCAACAACCCUCUGUCUCAGAGUGAGGAGAGUCCGUGGAACAGGUUUUUCCAGGACAAUGACCUACGGCAAUUGGUCAGUCAGGAUGUCGUCCGCACGUUCCCUGACAACCAGUUCUUCAGACAAGACGACGUUCAACAGAUGAUGGAGGAUAUUCUGUUCUGCUAUGUGAAGGAGAACCCUGAUCUGGGGUACAGACAAGGGAUGCAUGAACUGCUAGCCCCGAUCCUGUUUGUGAUGAACGCAGAGAUGAGAGACGUCGAGAGGGACGAGUCCCUCACUCCGGUACUAAAGGUCGUCAUGGAUCCUUCCUUCAUUGAACACGACACUUAUGCCAUAUUCACGGAGCUGAUGGAGAUGGUGGAGCCGUGGUACAGCUGCACUGGUCUGGAGGCAGAUCAGGUAAAGGCUCGCCAGCAGGCUUCAUUGGCUCAGAGGAAGAACAUGAGCCGAGAUCCGCGAACCUCGCGACCUUUUGAGGACAACUCGGAGUUUUAUGGACCAUCGUCAGCCAUUAGUCGUAAAUUGGACGUGGUUCAUAACAUUCUACUGAAGAAAGCAGACGAAGUCCUCUACCAUCACUUGAAGCAGCUGUCAAUUCCAGCACAGACUUACGGCAUGUGCGUCCCUCUACUUCACACUUUUCCCUUUCCACUAAUGCUUGUCUCAACUCCACACACACACAGUCGAUGGAUCCGAUUACUAUUCGGAAGGGAAUUCCCCCUACCCAAUGUCCUGGAAGUAUGGGACGCCCUGUUUGCAGAUGGGCCGUCCCUUGUUGACUACAUGUGUGUCUCGAUGCUCAUGCACAUACGAGAAGUCUUGAUAGAGGGUGACUACGCAACUAGUAUGCACCAUCUGAUGCACUUCCCAACUGUCUACGAAGUCAACUACCUCAUUCAGAGGUCCCUACACCUCCGAAAUCCAUCUCAGCAUCCUUCUCCAAGAGUGUGGGCUCAUCGCCAUCAUCACCAACAGCACAAUCCUCCCUCCCUCCCCACACACCCCUCCCCCCUCUCCACUCCGACAACACAACUUCAGAAACCCUCCAGACCCAAACAGGCUGGAGCCAUGGCAAAGCAGGCUCUCACGUCGGCAGGGAAACAGUUGAUUUGGAGAAGAGAGGAGGAGGAGGAGAGGGAAAAGGAAGUGCGUCGCCAGCCAACUCCCCGCCCCCCAUUGGCCCUCCAGGACCCCUCCCCCCUCUAAACCACACCCCCAUUUCCAAGGCAACUACGACAGGAUCAAAGGAGCCUAGAAAGGGGCGUGGCAGGAUAAUAGGGGACGUCAGUGACAAAGAAAUGAAGAAAAAUCCAAAAAUGCAGGCACCAAGUACCAGUUCCAUGGGUCAGAUGGAGUGGCUGACAAGUCGAGUCGAUGACCUCGAGGCUAAACUGGCCUACUGCGGGAGCAAAAUGGACUCACUACUCCUAUCGAUGGAGGGAGAGAUUUCAGAGCUGACUGAUGAACGACAGCUGUCCCCCGAGACCGAGAACACUCUGCUCCUCUCUCUCGCUGGACUCAAACAUGUACGGGAUAUUUCUGAACAAGAUUGCCUUCAGUGGUGCCAUGUGAAAGAUGAACAUAAUGUUAUCGUGCAGAGACCCCAGGAAGAUCUAAAUAGAGCCCACCCUCUGGAAACAGUGCGCUAGGACCUCCUCACAGGUUUCGCAAGAGGAUCUCCCCGUUACACGGAGCAGCAACGGGGAUGCAUGUCGCCACGGACACCUGACACGCCCCAGCAGUGUGCCACACCCACUAAUGAGCAGUGGAGAGAUGGACAGUCGACUGGUGGUGAGGGAGAUGACGAGGCUGAUUGGUGUUAAUGUAUCAGUACACGCCACUCAUCUGUGUGAAUUCGACUCUAGCAACCACCACCCCACCCCUGCAAUCAGUGUUUCAUAUAUAAUAUGGUGUGUGUGAGCCAAUUUGAA